GCUAGCUGCAGCUGUGGACGACUCCGGCGGACGUCGCUCCAGCUGUGAAUUUAUACAUUUUGUUGCUGUUUUGUCUUCCGAGGACUUAAAAUGGCAGCGAGCACAGAGGCCCCGGAGCCCUGGUACCUAGCCCUGCUGGGCUUCGCAGAACAUUUCCGCACGUCGAGUCCGCCGAAGAUCCGGCUGUGCGUCCACUGUCUGCAGGCAGUGUUUCAGUUCAACCCGCCUCCGAGGGUCGAGGCCCGGACUCACCUUCAGCUGGGCUCGGUGCUGUACCGACACACAAAGAACAGCCAGCUGUCCCAAACUCACCUGGAGAAAGCGUGGUUCAUAUCACAACAUAUCUCCCAAUUUGAAGAUGUGAAGUUUGAAGCAGCAAGUAUCCUGUCAGAGUUCUACUGUCAGCAGAACUUGGUGGACUCUGCAAAACCAGUGCUGCGGAAGGCCAUCCAGAUCUCACAGCAAACACCCUACUGGCACUGCAGACUACUUUUUCAGCUCGCACAACUACAUGCACUGGAAAAGGACUUGGUAUCUGCGUGUGAUCUCCUUGGAGUCGGAGCAGAGUACGCAAGAGUGAUGGGCUCAGAGUACACAAGAGCUCUGUUUUUACUAAGUAAAGGAAUGCUGCUGCUGAUGGAGCGGAAGCUGGGCGAGGUGCACCCUCUGCUGUCACUGUGCGGGACCAUUGUAGAGAACUGGCAGGGAAACCCCAUUCAGAAGGAAUCCCUCAGGGUCUUUUUCCUGGUGCUGCAAGUUACACACUACCUGGAUGCUGGACAGGUAAAGAGUGUGAAGCCGUGUCUGAAGCAGCUUCAGCAGUGUAUCCAGACCAUCUCCACUCUCCACGAUGAUGAGAUCCUUCCCACUAAUCCAGCGGCUCUCUUCCACUGGCUGCCCAAAGAGCACAUGUGUGUGCUUGUGUACCUGGUGACAGUGAUGCACUCCAUGCAGGCGGGCUACUUGGAGAAGGCACAGAAGUACACAGACAAAGCUCUCAUGCAGCUGGAGAAGCUGAAGAUGCUGGACAGCAGUCCCAUCCUGUCCACGUUCCAAGUCAUCCUGCUGGAGCACAUCAUCAUGUGCCGGCUGGUCACCGGACACAAAGCCACAGCUUUACAAGAGAUUUCUCAGGUUUGCCAGCUUUGUCAGCAGUCUCCCCGGCUGUUUACAAAUCAUGCUGCUCAGCUUCAUACACUACUGGGCCUCUACUGUGUUUCCGUGAACUGUAUGGAUAAUGCUGAAGCUCAGUUCACUGCUGCUCUACAGAUGACAACGCACCAAGAGCUGUGGACAUUUAUUGUGACCAACCUGGCCAGCGUCUACAUCCGGGAAGGCAACAGACAUCAAGAGCUUUACAGCCUUCUAGAGAGAAUUAAUCCUGAUCACAACUUUCCUGUCAGCUCUCAUUGUCUACGAGCUGCAGCGUUUUACAUCAGAGGGCUUCUGUCUUUCUUCCAGGGACGUUACAACGAGGCCAAAAGAUUUCUGAGGGAGACCCUGAAGAUGUCUAAUGCUGAGGAUCUGAACAGGCUGACUGCCUGCUCACUGGUCCUGCUGGGUCACAUCUUCUUUGUCCUGGGCAACCACAGGGAAAGUAACAAUAUGGUGGUUCCUGCCAUGCAGCUGGCCAGCAAGAUCCCAGACAUGUCCGUGCAGCUCUGGUCCUCUGCGCUUCUCAAAGAUCUGAACAAGGCUUGUGGAAACACCAUAGAUGCCCAUGAAGCAGCCCAGAUGCACCAGAACUUUUCCCAGCAGCUCCUGCAGGACCACAUCGCCGCAUGCAGCCUCCCCGAACACAACCUCAUCAGUUGGACAGACGGCCUCCCCCCUGUGCAGUUUCAGCCUCAGAACGGACCUGCUACCAGCCUGGCCAACCUGCUCUGAGAGCAAAAUCCCGACCUGACUUGCAAAAGGAGACACAGAGGAGCAACUGCAGGGAAAACUACAUAAAAAAGAUGAACAGAAAACAUGAGAAGCAGCUGAUGAAAAGGGUAAGAGGAAGAGGUGGCACGAUAUUAAAAUUGCGUCCUUUUAACAGCAUUCAUUCACUGCACCCUCUUUGACUGGGUUUUAAGAAAUGUGAUUUUUUUUUUUUUGACAGCAAAGGUGUGUCAAGGGCACGUUUUUUAUUACACUGACACACUUUGGAGGGGUUUUAAUAGUUUGUUCCACGAGACAAAAAAAACCAACAAAUUGCAUUAAAAGUUGUCUAAGAAGAUUAAUACAAUUCUCAAAUCUGUAUUUUAUGAUGCUCCAGACAGCAUCUGUGCAGCUUACUUAGCACAAAAACAGUGGGGCUAAGUGUUAGUCUUGAUGAGCUUUAGAGGUGCUGGUAAGUGGAUUUUGUUAGCUGUGGACAGCUAACAAAAUCCACCAGGCUAACCCUUUCCCCCAGUUUCCAGACUGUGUGCUAAGCUGAGUUAGUCGCUCUCUUGUAGAAGCUUCAUAUUUAUCGUACAGACAAGCGAGCGGUUUCCACCUUCCCGUCUAAUUGUCACUAAUAAAGCAAAUAAACAUACUUUCCAAAGUAACUCAAAACCUUUCCAUUAUAGGUGUCCUCUGGAGUUUUCUUGUAAACAAGUAUUUUAAAGAUCUACAAUGCAGGAUUUUCUUUAACUGUUAUACAGAGGCAAUCCCUCUCAAUCAGCACCUGAGACCCACUAGAAGUGUGUGGUGGUGCAUUUUUCUGCAGAGACUCUGCUCUCUGCCUGUAUUUUUCUGUUUUCUGUAUUCGGGAAGUUUAUGGGUGUGUGUCCCUACAGGUAAAGUCAGGCCUUUAUAAAAAGGUAGCACCAAGGUGCCAGACCGUCAGCAGCAGGCAUCAAAGAGACACAUUGUAAAGAAGCGCAAAUAUAGCAAGGCAAAACACCAAACGAGAGUGAAUCUGGGGUUGGCGUUUAUGUUCACUUUCAAUGUCAAGUGUUUACAAUCAGUCAAAGACAAUCCUGCAUAGUAUACCUUUAAAUCUAGCAUUGUUUACAUCCAUGUUUACAAGCUUGCAGUCUUAUAUACAUAUCAGCCUUUGCGGGGACAUUGCCGUGUGACUUGGCGUGUUACCGUCGCCUGUUAAUCAGCGUGACACCAUUGGUAAGACAGUGUAUCACGUGUGUACUGUGCCUGCAUGCAUGAGAUAAACAAUAAAAAAACACCUCCAUAGUGCUACUAGAGGUCAAAAACUCCACAGGGGACUUCUAAAAUCAACUGAUUUGUCCCACCUAUUUAGUUCCUCUCUUAACGCUCUCCUGCACAACUGUCAUGGAGGUGUUUUUAUUUUGGAUAAAGUAAAAUGGGUUGUCAGGGUUAGGAAAUGUUAAGAGAACAUUAAAUAAGCUUAAAUUAGUACUGAAUUUUUACCAUUCAUCACCCAAACAAACAAAUGUCAGUCUAUUGUUGUGCAUGAACUCAGUAUGUGUCUUUUCAAAACACUGGUUGUUCUGAUGCACAGUAUACAGUAUAUAACAGUAUAUUAUAUAUCUGCAAUGAUCGUAAUGUAGCGUAUGUUUGAUAUGUUCCUGAUGGUUUGGUUGACAGCUGCACAUGUAGUUUAUUCACUGAAGACAGUUCAAGGUUAUAAUAUAUUUACUAGACUCUGGAACCAGCUGACCAUUUUAUGUAAUGGCAGAUACUGGCUUGCUUUACACCCACUAGUAUUAAUUAAUGUUAUGAAGGUAUGAAAUGUGAACUUUAAACAUGUUUUGAGACCUUAAUGUAUACAAAAAAAAAGUAUUUAGAUAAUUUUAAACACUGCAGUUCAGUGGACUUGCUGCCUGGCCUUUAGAUUUUUACCUUUUCACUCUCACUGUAUAUUUUUAUGCUGUGCACUUUUUGCUUGGAGUCAAGAAAACAGUAAUAAUACGAUUAUAAUAAUGACUGUUACCUGUUUGCACACAAUGUUGUUUCACGAUGAAACACAUUUUUAUCUUUCAUAUGUCAGCAUUUUUGAAUAAUAUUUUAUUCCUCUCAGUUCCUGUUUUACUCAUGUCUUCCAGUCGAUGGUGGUAUAAAUCUUUAUUUAAAUAUCUUAUUUAUUUAAUUAUGUUCAUUAUACCAGAUGCAGUUGUUGUUUUCCAGUUAAUGCUGAUUACCGUUUGAUAUAUUAUCAAAUAACUGGUAGGACUGUUGAUUUAGUUACACUUAUGUAGGAAUGUUACAUUUUUAGUUUUAUCUAGUAAAGACAUAUGUAAUAACACAGUAACACAGACUAGUUCAGUCAUUUGCAAAGUAAUUACUGCAAUAAAUACUACAUUAUGGAUGCCAUUUAUUUUAUUGGCAUUUUGCAUUAUGUUACAGAACUGAAUGUUUUAUUUAUGUUUUCUCCAUUGUCAUUUGCUCUGCUCAACUUCAACA